CGCUGGGUCAGGGGUGAUAGCGUCACUUCAACAUGGCGGCGCCCACGAAGAAGAAGAAGAAGCGGGGCUCGUCCCCGGAGGAGAGCGGAUCUGAGUCGGCGGACGAGGAAUGGGUGGGUCCUCUCCCCUCCCAGGCCCUUCAUCUAAAGAAAAGGAAAGUUCUUGAUUUUGAGCAUGUGUACCUGGAAAACAUACCAAGUGCUUUAAUGUAUGAACGUAGCUACAUGCACAGAGAUGUUAUAACGCAUAUAGUGUGCACCCGGACGGAUUUCCUCAUAACUGCCAGCCAGGAUGGUCAUAUCAAGUUCUGGAAGAAGACGGAUGAUGAAGGGAUAGAGUUUGUUAAACAUUUUCGCAGUAAUUUAGGAGUUAUUGAAUCAGUUGGAGUCAGUGCAGAAGGAGCUCUAUUCUGUUCUGCUGGUGAUGAUCAAGCAAUGAAGAUUUUUGAUGUGGUCAACUUUGAUAUGAUUAACAUGCUGAAAUUAGGGUACCAUCCUGGUAUGUGUGGGUGGAUUUACUCGCCAGGAGAUGCAAUAUCCGCUGUUGCCUGUUCAGAGAAAGUUUCGGGGAAGAUCUUUGUUUACGAUGCCAGAGGGGACAACCAGCCACUCCAUGUAUUUGAAAAACUGCACAGCUGCGCCCUCAGUGAGAUCUGUUUAAAUUCUGUCUAUAAAGUCAUUGUAUCGACUGACAAAUCAGGAAUGCUGGAAUAUUGGACUGGGCCACCCACCGACUACAAAUUCCCCAAAAACAUAGAGUGGGAAUACAAAACUGAUACAGACCUGUAUGAAUUUGCAAAAUGUAAAUCGUACCCAAUAGGCAUCGCGUUUUCCUCUGAUGGAAAAAAAAUGGCUACCAUUGGGUCUGACCGUAAAGUACGUAUUUUCAGAUUUUUGACUGGAAAGCUCAUGAGAGUAUUUGACGAAUCCCUAACGAUGUUUACAGAACUGCAGCAGAUGAGACAACAGCUCCCCGACAUGGAGUUUGGCCGACGUAUGGCUGUCGAAAGAGAAUUGGAGAAAGUUGAUGGAAUGAGGCUAGCCAACAUUGUUUUUGAUGAGACUGGACACUUUGUACUAUAUGGCACAAUGCUGGGAAUUAAAGUAAUAAAUAUAGAAACAAACAGGUGUGUGCGGAUCUUGGGUAAACAAGAAAAUAUACGGGUGGUGCAACUGACCCUGUUCCAAGGUGCAGCUAAACCAGCUCAGGCUGUAAUGACCAUGGAGAUGAAAGCAUCUGACAACCCUGCACUGCAAAAUGUUCAACAUGAUCCAACUGUAUUCUGCACAGCAUUUAAAAAGAAUCGAUUUUAUAUGUUUACAAAGAGGGAGCCAGAAGAUACAAAGAGCGCUGAGUCUGAUCGAGAUGUUUUCAAUGAGAAACCUUCCAAAGAGGAGGUCAUGGCAGCCACUCAGGCCGAUGGUCCCAAGCGAGUCUCAGACAGUGCAGUCAUCCACACAACUAUGGGAGAUGUCCAUGUCAAACUCUUCCCUGUUGAGUGUCCAAAAACUGUAGAGAAUUUCUGUGUGCACAGCAGGAAUGGAUAUUUCAAUGGCCACAUUUUUCACCGUAUCAUUAAGGGUUUCAUGAUUCAAAUUGGAGACCCAACUGGGACCGGGAUGGGAGGAGAAAGUAUUUGGGGAGGAGAAUUCGAAGAUGAAUUUCACCCAACAUUAAGGCAUGAUCGACCGUAUACUCUAAGCAUGGCCAAUGCAGGUGCGAACAGUAAUGGAUCACAGUUCUUUAUUACUGUUGUACCUACACCAUGGCUUGAUAACAAACACACAGUUUUUGGUCGUGUGACAAAAGGAAUGGAAGUGGUCCAGAGGAUUGCUAAUGUGAAGUGUAAUCCAAAAACAGAUAAACCCUAUGAAGAUAUCAGCAUUAUCAAUAUUACUGUAAAAUAAACGUGCCAUUUUAACAAGAAAAUAUUGCGAGCAUGCUUCAAUAUUGUAAAAGUAAUUUUGUAAUCUUUUUUAGUCAAAAUAAAUUUUGUUACAAAAAUAAA